AAUACUUUGAUUUGUUUUCCCAACUUGAGCACCUCGGAGAUGCUCCAAAAGUGGCCGACUGACGGUAACGCUGCUCCCAAUCAGCACGGAUUUAACCCACCUACUCCCGGGAUCUAAGCCCUGACGCCGCAUCCCCUGGACGGACCGAGGCUGCGGUGCCGAGCGGGCGGGAGACCAACCGCAGAGGCCGGGAGACUAGCCGCAGAGGCCAGGAGGCUGCGGACAGAAGGCGCCUUGUCCCAAGCUUUCCUGCUGCGUGGCAGCGGAGCCAGAAUGCCAGCUCCCGGUGUAGACUGCGGGUCUGGAUGAGUUUCCAUCAGAUCGACUUUCCUUCACUUUAUAAUAACGCUCGUUGGAACCGAGAUGACGCUCGGUCUGCAGGACUUGUCCGCCAACAGGCGGCUGGCGGGCGGGCUGCUGGUCAACCUGCUGGCUUCCAUCUGCAUAGUCUUCCUCAACAAGUGGAUCUACGUCCACUAUGGGUUCCCCAAUAUGACGCUCACCCUGCUGCACUUCGUGGCCACCUGGCUUGGGCUCUACGCCUGCCAGAAGAUGGACGUGUUCGCCCCGAAGAGCCUUCAGCCCCAGAAGAUCGUGUGGCUGUCCUUGAGCUUCUGCGGCUUCGUGGUUUUCACCAACCUGUCGCUGCAGAACAACUCGAUCGGUAGCUACCAGCUGGCCAAGGCCAUGACCACCCCGGUGAUCAUUGCGCUGCAGACAGCUUGCUACCAGAAGAGCUUCUCCACCCGCAUCAAGCUCACCCUGGUGCCAAUCACAGUGGGCGUGGCUCUGAACUCUCUGUAUGACCUCAGCUUCAACGCGCUGGGAAUGAUCUUUGCCUCGCUGGGCGUCGUGGUGACCUCGCUCUACCAAGUGUGGGUGGGCUCUAAACAAAAGGAGCUCCAGGUCAACUCUAUGCAGUUGCUGUACUACCAGGCCCCCAUGUCCUCUGUUUUCCUGGGGGCGGUGGUCCCGUGGUUUGAGCCGCUGAGCGGAGAUGGAGGAUUACUGGGACCCUGGUCACCUGCUGUCCUGGUGAUGGUGAUGCUCUCCUGUGUGGUGGCCUUCCUGGUCAACCUGUCAAUCUACUGGAUCAUCGGGAACACCUCGGCCGUUACAUAUAACAUGUUUGGUCACUUUAAAUUCUGCAUCACUCUGAUUGGAGGAUACUUGCUCUUCCAAGACCCACUGUCAUUAAAUCAGGUGUUAGGCAUGCUGUGUACGCUGGCUGGUAUUCUGAGCUACACUCACUUCAAACUGUCAGAGCAGGAGGCGGGGACUAGCCGCCUGACUCAAAGGCCAUAGGCUCGCCCAGCUGUCAUAGCAGGAGGUGGGGCCUAGCCGCCUGGCUCCGAAGCCAAAGGCUCGCCCAGCUGCCAAUCCCCCGCUACACGCCUGCUACUGGCUGCUCGUUUUGUAUUUUUUUAAAAAUGUGAACUUGAAGACGAGCGAUAUGAUUGGUCCUCUUCACUUUUUUAUGUCUUAUAUUUCUAUCUUCCUUUUUGAAUAAAGACAUUUUACAGACGCUGA